GUCAACCCGCCCGCUUCCUACUCCAGACGAAGGUCGACCAUGGGAAAUGCGCUGCGUGGCCGUAACUAAACGACAACACCAGCACUUUUCUUUAACUUUACCUUCUCACCCAACAAGCACAAUAUUAUCUGCCAGUAAAAUACACUCUUUUGGGGCAGAGAACUUGUUCUUCAUUUUGUAAAGAGAUAUCUCUUUAUUUUAUUAGAGCGCUUUUGUGUGUCUUUGUUUCUAUCUUCUAUACAUUGAUCGCCUUGAGUUGUGGGCUACGUUUCCCCUCGAGCUUGCUUUGAGAGUAGCCCUGGGGCUCUCUUCAAACCGUCAAGAUGAGUUCCGACUACUCUUAUGACGAGCAGGGCCAAUUCUUCCCCUUCUUUAUCCUGACUCUCACCGGCAUCGUCACUGUUCCCCUUACCUACACACUCCUUCGCCCGAACCGCGACCAAGAUGCGCUUGCGCCACGGAUCAAGACCAACUACAAGUCAGAGCAUGCGGCUACUGUCGAGUCGCUCAAGUCAGCACAGAAGCGUAGCCAAUGGAGGGUCAAGCGGGUUAUCUUUGUGAUAAUCGGCUGGGCCCUCAUGGCUGGCAUGGCCUACCUGAUUAUGGUCACCCAGCGAACUGUCCCCAAGCUUUGGAACCCUUACGAUAUUCUAGGUAUCUCAGAGUCUCUCAAUGAGAAGCAAAUCAAGUCGCACUACAAGCGACUCUCCCUCAAGUUCCAUCCCGAUAAGGUUCGACCUGACCCAGCCAAGAACGAGACUGUUGAAUCCCUCAACGACUUCUACGUCGAACUCACCAAGGCCUAUCAAGCGCUCACCGACGAAGACGUGCGCAACAACUACAUCCAAUAUGGCCACCCCGAUGGAAAACAGAGCUUUAGCAUGGGAAUUGCUCUUCCUCAGUUUAUGGUCUCCGAUGGUAACGGCAAGUAUGUCGUUCUUCUGUACACUAUGCUUCUUGGAGUUCUUCUGCCCUGGCUCGUUGGAUCAUGGUGGUAUGGCACCAAGAGAAUGUCCAAGGAAGGUGUCCUGAUGGAGAGCGCCAACAACCUGUUCCGACAAUACGACGACGAAAUCGAGGAGGGCGGCAUCAUCACUGCUCUCAGCGCUGGCAAGGAGUUCGAGGAGAUUCUGAAGGGCGACAAGGGCGAAUCUGGUCUUUCCAAGAUCGAGUCCCGAAUUACAGCUGAAAGCGAGGUCGGGCCCACUGCUUCUGGCAUGUCGCUCAAGGACAAGGAGGCUCUCGAGGAUCUUGACAACGGCGUUCGACGAAAGGCCCUCGCCCUUCUCUGGGCUUACCUUGGCCGUGUUGAGCUCGACGACCCUGCUCUGACCAAGGCCAAGUUCCAGGUUGGCCCUAUCGCCCGCGCCCUCAACCAGUCCUUCAACGCUAUCACUCUCGCCUACGGAAACAUUGGUCCUAUUGCCAACUCGUUCUACACCAGCCAGAACCUGAUCCAAGCUGUUGCACCCCACGCCUCUCCUCUUCUCCAGCUUCCCCACAUCACUCCCGAGAUCGCUCGUGCUAUCGAAGGUGACUCCAAGACACACAUGCCUGUCCACCGAUUUAUGGAUCGACCAGACGCACAGCGCAGACAGCUUGCUGUUGGAAAGGGCCUCCUGACUGAGGAGCAAUACCAGACCGCGAUUGGUGUCGCUAAGCAGAUUCCCUUCUUCCGUGUAUCUAGGGCUUUCUUCAAGGUUACUGGAGAGCGCUUUAUUAUCCCUUCGUCACUGGUUUCUCUUGUCAUCAAGGGCCGCUUCAUUCCUCCUGGUACUGAGAACAUUCCUCCUGUCAACGAGCUGGAUCUCGAGGACAUUGACCCGGCUGAGGACGAUAUCGAGGCUAUCAACGGACGCAAGAAGAAGACUAUCAAGGGCCCUGACGGCAAGCUUAUUCCUAUCGAGGAGGAGUCAAUCCUGCCCCCUCUGACACACGCACCUUACUAUGCCCGUGAUCACUCUCCUCAAUGGCACGCUUUCCUUAGCGACUCUAAGCAAGGCAAGAUGGCUGUUCCUCCUUUCCACUUCGCCAAGUUUGAUCAGCCUAUUAUCGAUGAUGAGGGCAAGCCUACUUUCAACAUGCAGACUCUCAAGGCUCAAUUCGCCGCACCUCCUCAAGCUGGUCACUACACCUUUGUUUUGCACGUUAUCUGCGACUCCUAUGUCGGCUUCGAUACCAAGAUGGAAGUUACAUUGGUUGUCGAGGAAGCAAGCAAGGCAGCGGAGAUGCAAGCCGAGGACGAGAUCAGUGAGCCUGAAGAGGAUUCUCUCGCUGGACAGAUGCACGUUCUCAAGACUGGUCAGACUCCCAAGACCCGUAGAAGGGAUUCUGACGACUCUGAGGAUGAGAGUGGAACAGAUGAGGAGGAGGAUGACACCAGCGCAACAAAUACCGAUACUGAGGACGAGUCAUAACGGCCUACCAGUCUCUCUUUGUGGAUAUAAAAAAGUACUGUAAUCACUAAAUCAUGAGCGAAACCCCUCUUAGGAGCAUGAUGUGUGUAUACGGAAGCGACAUCAUCCUUGUGUAUGUAUGUAUUAGGAAGGGAGGGAGUCUGGAGGAAGAUGACAAACACUUUAAAGCUUGGGCAUUUGUUUCUCUAUCUAGAAACAAGUUGGGAGUUUAGGGGUUUCUUUAAGGCACACACUCAGUAUAUAACUCUUUCUUGUUGUGCUUAUUCUCAUUCAACUUCGAAUUAUUUCCACAGCCGGCUUGUUUCGUUCAAGCACCAAGACACCUUUUCCAGUUUCCAUCUCAGCCUCCAGUGAGCAAAAAGCCCGUAUUGGACCAACCAUCAUAUAAUAUAACAAGCGCCUGAAUUAACAUUCUCUUUCCCCUUUGAAACAGUGCCCGUGAGGCAACGUUCUUGUUUCCAUACAUUAUGCACGCCUAUUGUAUCGCUUCUUCCAGAUUCUCUCAGGACCUUUCGGGAUAUAGACUAUACGUAGUAUAAGGUUCCAAAGACGUAGGACCAGCUUUCGUCUUGCUUGUGCAUAUCUUUGGAACAGUGAGGUCGCUUCUUAACAUACUCUUACACCACAGACUUCGACACCCUUGCCCUCAAUAUGAGCGGGACGACCAAAGUACAGGAUCGACAAUUCACGGAUGAACAAGGCAUCGGUAUCACUCCAGACGUCGAGGCCCAUGUUUUCCACAGCGUGGCUAUCUACGCGGAUAGCAUCGGCAUCGUCAGGUUCGAGGUCAGAGUCUGAUGGGCGAAGUGGUGCUCUUUCGCCCGAAGCUUGCGACAGGCCCUCGUCAUCAUCAUCAUGGUCAGUAUAUGGCUCGUCUUGGCUGUCAGCUAGAUCAGCUAACACUGAUAGUAUUUGUGUGGUGAGACGGUGGAAAUAAGCGAUGAUAGCAAGCUCAAACCGGGCUUCGCCAGAACCAUCAGGGGCACGAUUGCUGGCAUUGAGAGACCCAAGUGAGUCUGAUAAUUGUCCAGAGCGAGAACCUGGUCGUGGCAUAGUCAUAGAGGGUCCAAAAUCGGCGAGCAGGGAAGCAUCAUGAGCUGCCUCGUCUUGCUGUUCCUGACGCAAUUGUUCACCAGCGCUGGCCCACCACAUGUAACCAUUGUAGGCAAAAGCUGCCCAUGUCAGGGGUUCGACGACCUUUUCCACUGCGUCGUCUCGUGGGUCACGAACUAUAUGACUCGACUGGGUAGAAAAUCUACGCGCAGAGCGCUCCUCUUCAGGAGACUCUGGGACCGCGCUAGGGACCUGGCUCGCAGCUGCAAGACGGGCAAGGCCGUUCUUUAGAGUGGUAAAACGACGAAGAUCUCGCUGGGUCGCCUUGAUAGGCUGUCCGCGAGGGCAUUCGACCACGGGCCAGACUCGCUCUGUAGCAUUAGAGGAGUAGUCGGGAGGCAAAGUGACGAGCAUAUCCCAUAGUGUGUCCUUCAUAGCGAGAAUGCUGUCGGUGGUGCACGCAAUCCAACCAGAGCCUGAUUCGUCAUCUAUCACAUCUUCAUCAUUGCGGGGCCUCUUAGAGGCCUCAAAGUCGUCCAUGAGGAAAGGUAUAUCAUGAACACCAAUAGAGAAAAGCGGUCUUAGACGCUGCGUUGAAGCUGAUCCUGGAAGUAUAUCUGUGACAGAUAGAGGAAUAUUGGAA